CUAACCAUAUUAUUUUAUAAUUUUUUCUAUGAGUACAAAAAUAAAAAUAGUUAAUAAAGUAAUAAAAAUAAGUCAUUUAAAUUAAUAUAUUUUUUAUUUAGCUUCACUAUUAGUUUUUAUCAAUGUUAAAUAUGGGAUAAAUUUAUUAGUUUUAAUGGUUCUCUAAGAACAUAUUUAAAAUGGAAAAGUUUGCUGUUGAUCUGGAUAAAGUACUUGAUGAAUUUGAAUUCAAUGAAGAAAAAGAACAACUUCAAGCUACUAUUCCAACUGGACGAACUGAUAUUUUAUCUACUACACAGGCAACAAUUCCUGUUCUUAGUAAACAUUUACCUGCAGCUAAUUAUCGCCGCCCAUCAUUUGAACCAAUAAAUUUAGCUGAUGCUAAUUUUGGUGUAGACUCUCCUUCGUCUAUGUCUGAUAAACCUUCAACCCUCAUAACUGAUGUUAAUAAACUAUCGGACAUAAGUGUACCUGAACAGUGCUCAUCUUUUUUAAAUAUUGAUUCCAACCCUAAUUUUGAAGUAAUUAGCAAUGAAUCUAAGGCAUAUGAGCCAAUGAUAUUAGACACAAUUAUAUUGUUAGAUGAUAAUACUGUUAAUCAUUCAUUGAAAGAAUUUCGAUCAGAUUUAUUAGAGUCAUGUGAUUUAGGUAACGAAAAUGACAAAAAUAAUUUAACUAAUGGUAUUCAAAGAAUACCAACUGUUGAAUCUUGUCCUGCAUUGAUAACAUCACCAGAUUCAUUGAAAGAUGAUUGUACUCUAUCUAGUGAACUUCAUUCUAUGAAUACUUCUGAUAAUUGUGAAAUAGAUAGUACUAAUGCAGAAUGUUCAGAUGUUGAACUUUAUAAAUGUCUUGAAGAAUAUGAAGAUCAAGAUGAUGCAUCAUCUAUAAAUAAUACUUUUGGUAAUUAUACUGAUGUAAAUUCUUUAAGUUCUGAAUUCACAGAUAAACUAAUUGCUGAAAAGCCUCUUAUUAGUGAUGAAAGUGUAUCAGAAUCAAAAGAUUCAGUAUCACCUGACAUCUCCAAUGAUAUGGUUUUAACUAAUUAUGAAAUUGAAAAUGAGAUUGAACAACCAUUAUUCCCUUAUAAUGAAGUUGAAGAACCACUUAAAAUGCAGUGUUAUCUUGCUACUACUACUACUAGCAUAACAGAUUAUAAUUUGUGCACAGAAAGUGUUGUUGAAGAAAUUUCUACAGAAUCUACUGAAAAAGAAAAUCAUUUUAUUGAAGUACUCAAAAUCAUUCCACAGUUACCAAUUGUUCCUGAAAAAAACAUUAAGUCUGAAUGUAAUGCAUUAGUUGAAAUAGCAGACCAAGAAAUUAUUGAAAAUUCAAUUGAAAUAGAUAAUAAUUUAGAUACAGUGAAUACAAAUGAUGAUAAUGAAUUUUUGAAUGAAUCACAAAAUAAACAAAGUGAUGAAAUGCUUGAUAAAGAAUUGACUGAUUCAUUAUGUAGUAUUGAAUCCACUGAAACAAUACUAUUAAAGGAUGAUAAUCAAGUUAGUGUUGCAACAGUUUCUGAUUCUUUAGAUUCUCAAAGUACAUGUUCAUUACCAUCAGAAAUGAUUGGAGAUAACAUAGAAACGUUAAAUAUAAAUGAUAUUCAAUUACAAAGACCAUGUACUCUAGAUUUAAAUAGAUCAAUCACUAAUGAUUCUGAAUUUUCAUCAACAUUAAGUACAGAUUCUGACUGUGCUUUGUCAUUGUCAGAAAGACAACUUGGUAAAAUUCAACCCUAUUGGAUACCUGAUGAAGCUGCAAAAAGUUGUAUGAGAUGUGAUCUAAAAUUCACUGUUGUUAAGCGAAGACAUCAUUGUAGAGCUUGUGGAGAAGUGUUAUGUUCAAAAUGUUGUAAUUUACGAGCAUACUUAACUUAUAUGAAUAAUGAAGUGCGUGUAUGUCAACAAUGUUUUAACACUUUAGAAAAAGCUCAAAUGAAACAACAAAUAUCUACAAUCAAACAUCCUAAUCCUAACAAUCCAAUGGAAUACUGUUCUACUGUUCCGCCAUUGCAACAAGUGGGAGAUUCACGAAAUCAGCCUUUACCAUCUGUUUUGGUUCCUGUUAGUGUUCUUAAACGAGAAGGACGAGCAAAGUCAGAUGUUCCUAAACAAGUAAUGUUUAGUGAUGGUAUUAGACCUGGAGGUGAUCUAGCUGAUUUAGAUGGAUCAUCUGAAAGAAUUCUCCCAAUUAGAAGGUCAUCAAGGUCUUUAAAAAAAUUGAGUCCUACUAUUAAUAAUGUUGUAAUUCCAGCUAAUAAGCGUCCAUUGAAUUCACAAACACAAAGUUAUAUACCUAAUAUUGGCUUACCUCCUGCAGCAAUAAGGACUCAAGGAGAAUUAAAAUUUGAUGACACUGAACGUCCAAUAGCUCUAAAUGAUCCUGAAACUAUGUUUGCCAUAAAUCCCAAUUUAUUUCUUUACGUUAGGAGAGUUUUUUUGGACUGUUGUGUAAAACGUGAAACAUGGUGUAUAAGUACUGAAGGUCUUUCAUGUGUUGGUCAAGAUGAAAUAGUUAUUUUAUUAGAAACUUUACCCAAUGAAAAACACCCGCCCCGUGAUAUAUUUUUGUUCAUAAAUAAUGUGUAUAAAAAUGCCUCCAUUGGUGUAACAGUUAGUGAUAUGUCAUUUACUACCCCAAUCAAUUCUACAUUGUUAGAUUCAAAUAAUCAUGGUGGUUUCUUAUUUAUUAGACAAACAUAUCAGUGUAUGCAAAAAUUAAGAUUACCUUCUCCUCCAUAUUUGUUUGCAUUACUUGUACAUCAAUAUGAAACUCCAUGGGCUAAAAUGUUUCCAAUACGUUUAAUGUUAAGACUUGGAGCAGAAUAUCGUUACUACCCUUGUAUGCUAGUUUCAAUUAGAAAUCGACCAUCUUUGUACACAGAAAUUGGUCAAACUGUUAUUAAACUUUUAGUUGAUUUCAGACAAUACUCAUAUGGUUUACCAACUGUCAAAGGCUGCUAUAUACAUAUGGAUGAAAAACAAAUUAUGGUCUUAUUACCUCGAAAUAGAUAUGAUCAAGUUACAAGAUUAGUUUUAUCAUCUAAUCGUGGACUUCUAGCUUUUGGUGCUAAUUUUAGUGCAGUUGCUGAUUCUCAUCUUGUAUGUGUGCAAUCAACUAAAGAUGAUGGAAACUAUAAUACACAGGCAAUAAAUAUCCACAACAAACCAAGACAAAUCACAGGUGCAAGUUUUAUUGCUUUAAAUGGAGAUUUAAAAGAUGAUGCUGGUACAAGAUGGCGUAUAGUUGAAGAUGGAGUAAUGGUUGAAAUGUCAACACAAAGAAUGAAUCUUUUACGUGAAGCUUUACAUUCAAUGAAAGAUUUUAAAGUUAAUUGUGGAACUAAUGAUGAACAAACUGUCAUAUUUCAUUGGACUGAAGAUGAUGUGAAUUUUAACAUAGGUGUAAGAAGUUGUAUUGAUGGUAAGCCAUUAGAUGGUAUUUACUCUAUACGAGUUCAUAAUGGAGUUGAUUACUCAGGAAAAAGUCGUUUUAUAAGGUGGACUGAAGUUUUUGUGAUACAAUGUGAAGAAACAUCUGAUCGUGUAGAAGAACCAUUAGAUACAAGCAGAACAGCUGAAUCUAUAGCUAAGGCCACCUGUACUGCUUUAGUUCCUCUUUUAGACUUAUUAUCUGCAGCAUCACUCACUCCCCUUGCUUUACGUAUAAUGAUAAGUCUUGAUUCAGUUGGAUAUGAAGCAGGUAGUGGACAGAAUAAACUUCCACCAUUAUACAUGCAGAGUCUAGAUGAACAUCUUGUUCCAGUUGUUAAUGCUAUUGCUAUUAAAGCUCAACAGUCAUCAGUUGUUUUAGAAUUAGUAUUUAGAGUCAUGGAACAUUAAUUAUGUAUUCAUUACUAUAUAUUUUUGCCAUCUAUUAACAAAAUUAUAAUUAUAUAUAGAAUUUUGACAAUGUGUACCUAUGUUUAUUUAUGUCCAACAAUCUUGAUAUUUAAUUGCCAUUUAUAUUUUAACUUAUUUUCAAAUAUUGUAAAAAAUAUAUAUAUAAAAUUGCUUUAAACUUUUUUAGAUUUUAUUUGUUUA